UUGGGGGCAAUUUCAUAGCAUCCAAAAUCUGAUGACUUCUCUGGAUACUUUUGGAGUAUACAGCUGGAGUGUCCUGAUAGGAAACUGAAAAAUAGCUUAACCUAGUGAAAUCAGAUGAAGCAGAGUCUAAUCUCUACCUCUAGUCUACUCUGAAGGAGUCACCGUCAGUGAGGUGAAUGGUUAUCGAACAUAGCAUCUUUACUGGCUGUCUCUAUCCUGGUAAUUUGUAACCCCUUUUGAGUGAUUUUGCAUAGCCUUAAAAUGUUUAGGAUGCAAAGAAAUGAAUUUUGGCUUAGGAUGGACAUGUUAAGCAAGAUAGUGACUUUUAUUGGAAAUAAGGCAGAAAAGGAACACUAAAGUAGAAAUUAGAAAAAAAUUUAAAAAACAGAGUGGAAGGCAUUAGAAAUCAUGGGAAGAAAACAUCUGCCUUAAAAAGAUGUAGGAAUGGUUACUGAAUGAUUACAUUACUGGAUGUGAGUGAAUACAACUGAAACUUUUUAAAAAGGAGAGGGGAAUGAUAUACAGGAGUAAUUUAAAAGCCAGUGAAGAUAAUUAGGAGUGAAUGUUCAAAACAUGGCAUAGAGUUUCAGUGACUGACUCUGAGAGAUGCAUUUUUAGUAUCUCAAACCAUAGGAAUAUUUGGCUUACCAUCUUAGAGUAUAUAAAGAUAAAUAAAAGUUGAGCAAAGCAGCAUUCCUACCACCUGACCUUGGUGUAUAGCCAGUGAGGAUUAUAGGAAGAGAAGUGUAUUACUAGUGAAUUUUCCAUAUGAGAUCAGUCUGCCAUGUUCUUUAAGCUUUGACAGCAUCUGCUCCACAGCUAUGUCAUUGCCCAUAUAUGCUGUUUUUUUCUCCUUUGCAUGUCAAACUUGAAAAUCAGUUUAAUGUCUAACUGGUUUGUCAGCCUCCAAUCCCUUGAUUCCUUAACUCAAUGCUCCCCCCAAAUUAAUUAGAAUAGUAGCCACAUUUUACUCAAAAUAUAUAUGUACACAUAUGCACAAAAAUAUGUAGAUAAUGGAAUGCAUAGUUUCCUGGUGCUUUUUAGGAAGCUAGCUUAAUUCAGUUUUUGUUUCCUAUUUAUAGUAUUAUGAAUUGCUUUUAUAAACUGCUGAAUGGUAAAGGGCAGAGUGAGCUCUCUAAAUAAUCAUUUCAUUCAAAGAGUGUGUGUGUGUUUUAAAUCUGUGAUUCUGACAGUAUUCAUAGGCGCAGACUUUCUGAAUAGCCAUUUUAAAAAUUGAGUGAAAAUUCAUUAGUGGCAAAUUACACACAGUGAUUUUAAGCCCCAGGAGGCUGGCUCUAUGUACAUACUGAAUAGCCAUUUGUUCUUAGUUUAUUGUAAAUAUAGUCAAUUAGGUUUAUUGUAAAAAAAAAAAACAAUUGCAUUUAUUGUACAAUUGGUAAAGUGCCUUGAAUUUUAAUUUUGGCAUUUCAAAGCACAUUUAAUAAUUUUGGAACAUCUGGCAAUAAAUGAGAUUGCAGAUUUCUGAUUGGCUUUAUCCAUUUUUUCCUUACUUUGUCCCUUUUUCUCUUUUUGUAGGUCUGAACAGAAGUGAGAAGAAAGCUUCCACAAUCACAGCAGAUGAAGAUCCACUGGUAAAUCAAACAGGAUUUUUGGCCUGCCCGCCAAAGAAAAGGAGCGGAAAGAAUGUCGGAGCGGGCCGCGGAUGACGUCAGGGGGGAGCCGCGCCGAGCGGCGGCGGGCGGAGCAGCGGCCGCGGCCGCCCGGCAGCAGCAAGCUUCGCAGCCCCAGCGGCAGCCGCCGCCGCGGCGCCAACGGCCGGAGGACGGCGGCCCGGGCGCCGCCUCCACCUCGGCCGCUGCCGCCGCCAUGGCGACUGUCGGGGAGCGCAGGCCCCUGCCCAGUCCAGAGGCGAUGCUGGGACAGUCGUGGAAUCUGUGGGUCGAGGCUUCGAAACUUCCUGGGAAGGACGGGACGGAAUUGGACGAAAGUUUCAAGGAGUUUGGGAAAAACCGUGAAGUCAUGGGGCUCUGUCGCGAAGACAUGCCAAUAUUUGGUCUCUGUCCGGCCCAUGAUGAUUUCUACUUGGUGGUGUGUAACGACUGUAAUCAGGUUGUCAAACCGCAGGCAUUUCAAUCACAUUAUGAAAGAAGACACAGCUCAUCCAGCAAGCCUUCUUUGGCCGUUCCUCCCACUUCAGUAUUUUCCUUCUUCCCUUCUCUGUCCAAAAGCAGAGGAGGCAGCGGGAGUGCAAGCAGCCGGUCUUCCAGUGGAGGUGUUCUAAGCACAUCCUCAUUAAGUUCCAAGUUGUUGAAAUCGCCCAAAGAGAAACUGCCGCUGAGGGGGAACCCCAGGCCCAUGCAGUCCUUUCAGCCAAGUCGAGUCCCCCCUGGCAGAAUCAUGACGCCCUCUGUCAAAGUGGAAAAGAUUCAUCCGAAAAUGGAUGGUGCACUACUGAAAUGUGCAGUGGGGCCCACCUGUCCUGCUACUGUGAGUUCCUCAGUCAAGCCUGGCCUUAACUGCCCCUCAAUACCAAAGCCAACCUUGCCUUCACCUGGACAGAUUCUGAAUGGCAAAGGGCUUCCUGCACCACCUACUCUGGAAAAGAAGUCUGAAGAUAAUUCCAAUAACAGGAAAUUUUUAAAUAAGAGAUUAUCAGAAAGAGAGUUUGAUCCUGAUAUACAUUGUGGGGUCAUUGAUCUCGACACCAAGAAGCCCUGUACCCGGUCUUUGACAUGCAAGACACAUUCCUUAACCCAGCGGAGAGCUGUCCAGGGCAGAAGAAAACGAUUUGAUGUUUUAUUAGCCGAGCACAAAAACAAAACCAGGGAAAAGGAAUUGAUUCGCCAUCCGGACUCUCAGCAACCAACACAGCCUCUCAGGGACCCGCAUCCCACCCCUCCUAGAACUUCACAGGAGCCACACCAAAACUCUCACGGAGUGAUUCCUUCCGAAUCAAAGCCUUUCAUAGCUAGUAAACCUAAACCUCACACCCCCAGUCUUCCAAGGCCUCCAGGCUGCCCUGCUCAGCAAGGUGGGAGUACCCCCAUGGACCCUUCUCCAGUCCAUGAAUCUCCACACCCUCCCCUGCCUGCUACUGAGCCAGCUUCUCGGUUAUCCAGUGAGGAGGGAGAAGGCGAUGACAAAGAAGAGUCUGUUGAAAAACUGGACUGUCACUAUUCAGGUCACCAUCCCCAGCCAGCAUCUUUUUGCACAUUUGGGAGCCGGCAGAUUGGGAGAGGCUAUUACGUGUUUGACUCCAGGUGGAACCGGCUUCGCUGCGCCCUCAGCCUCAUGGUGGAGAAGCAUCUGAAUGCGCAGCUGUGGAAGAAAAUCCCACCAGUGCCCAGCACCACGUCGCCCGUCUCCACACGCGUUCCUCACCGGACAAACUCGGUGCUGCCAUCACAGUGCGGGGUCAGCUAUCUGGCAGCAGCCACCGUGUCUACAUCCCCUGUCCUGCUCUCGUCCACCUGCAUCUGCCCAAAUAGCAAAUCGGUACCAGCUCAUGGAACCACACUAAAUGCACAGCCUGCCGCCUCUGGGGCAGUGGAUCCUGUGUGCAGUAUGCAAUGCAGACAAGUGUCCUCCUCCUCGUCCCCUUCCACGCCCUCUGGCCUCUCCUCAGUGCCCAGCUCCCCCAUGCCCAGGAAACCUCAGAAGUUGAAGUCCAGCAAGUCUUUAAGGCCCAAGGAGUCUUCUGGUAGCAGCAGUAACUGUCACAGUGCCAGUAGCACUAGUACCAGCGGCUCAGGAAAGAAACGCAAGAACAGCUCCCCGCUGCUCCCCCGCCCCUCCUCCUCGUCUUCUCAUUCCAUGGAGUCUUUCAGGAAAAACUGUGUGGCUCCCUCGGGGCCUCCCUACCCCUCAGCAGUAGCGGCUUCCCAUGGCAUUGGCCUCAACUGUGUGGCAAAUAAGACGAACUCGGUGAGUGUCCGGCACGACCAGGCAGGGAGGGGCCCCCCCGGAGGGAGCCCCGCGGAGUCCAUCAAGAGGAUGAGCGUGAUGGUGAACAGCGGUGACUCCACGCUCUCGCUGGGCCCGUUCAUCCACCAGGCCGGCGAGCUGCCCAUCAACUCCCACGGCGGCUACUCGCACGCACACACUCCGCUGGACAAACUCAUAGGGAAGAAGAGGAAGUGCUCGCCCGGCUCGGGCAGCGUCGGCAGCGGCACCAGACCCACCAAGGUGCCCCGAUCGCCCGCCGUGAACAACGUGCACGUGAGGCACACGGUCAGCAGUCCCGGGGCCCCAGCACUGGUGACCAGCUCCCUCCUCCAUCAGCCAAAGGCGCGUCCCUGACAGCUGACAAUAGCCCCGGGGAGGAAUAAUCUGGAUGCUUUUGAGGACAAGUUACACCUCCACUCAGCGCUCUGGACUCCACGAUGCCUUUGAGUCUGUUUCCCAACCUCCUGCGGGCCUCAAGGCUGGAAAUCUGCUGGGCUCUUGUUGUACCGAGGAUUUCCCUGAAGCUCUAUCUGUAGCAGUGAGUACUCCUAAAGGACACUGGAUCAAGUUGAGCCACCGAAUUGCUUUUCUCAGUGUUAUAGUGGUCUGGACUGCUUGCUCCCAAUCUGUGUGAAGUUUUUGUUUUGUUUUUUAACUUGCAGUAUAUCAUGGAGCCACUGUUUGAGUAGAUUGGCCGGGCGAGAGAGCGUGUUGGGAAGAGCAUCACUGUAGACGUUUCUCCCUGCCCCGCCCCCCACCCCAGCUCUGUUGUACACUGUCUUCUGUAGGUCACUGUCCAGCAGUUAGGGACCUUAACUGGAGGCACCUUCCAGAGGAGGGCACGGCUGCACCCAGAGCAGCCCUCCGGAGAAGGCGCCGGUCGUUAGGCCCUGAGCGCAGCGUUCCGGGAAUGGAAGUGGUUGUUAGCAAAGGCACCGUGACAAAUAGCCUGUAUCUUUGCCCAGCCUUUUUUGCAAGUAGUUUGGGAUAAGAAGCUGUCAGAAGUUUCUAAGUUACAAACUGGUUUGAAGUCAUUGAUGCCCAGAAAGCAAGUGUACACUGUUUUAGAGGCUUACUUUCCAUGGUACAAAAGCAAUUCUGUGUGUUUAAGACAAGGAAAUACAAAUGCAACCAGUUUUGAUAAGGGAAAGACAAAUUUUGGUUGUAGGUGGGUGGGGUGGGGUGGGGUGGAUGAUAUAGGGGAAAAUUUUUUUCUAAGAUUUCCAAAGAGAUGAAAAGUCCCAUGUUAAACGGUGUGGCAGAUGGGGUCGGUUGUCCUGCCCAGUCUCCUGCUUUCAAAAAAUUACCUUUGAAAAGUGAAAUGGUGAGGAUGCAGCGAAACUCAUUCACAAAGUCACUGCUGUGCUGAAGUGUGCCCCGGCACUCUGCGUCACUUGCCAUGUCCUUGGACACCCUCCCGGGACUCUCUAAAUUCCUGCUUUGAGCAGCGCCCCCAGUGUGUGUGUCUGCGCUCCUGCCCUGCUGGUAAUUUGGAUGCCCUGGGGGUGGGGAGCAGGUACCCAGGGAGGGAAGUUGGCCAAGGUGCGCCGUGCAGAGAUGCCAGGACACAUGCAGUGUGUCCCCAACACGCCCUACUGCCUGGCGGUUGGUGCCAGCCGUCCUCCAGGAGAGAGCCUCGGAGCCCCCCCAGGGGCUCCACCCCAAACGAAAGAGCUUACUGUGUGAAAGCGUCGGAGAAGGUGUCACUGAAUUUGGGGGAUGAGCUGGGGGCUUUUUAACAAGCGAUUCCACCUCUGCAGCCCGACAGGAGCACCAGGCGCUUCCGCUCCGUGAACACACAGUUGCAGCGCGCAGGGUACAUUCCCCGGGCUCUGAGCAUUACCCUGGGCAGGGCCCGGACAGAGCCCAUCAGUGCAUCCUUUUUUUCCUUACAAUUCUUGGGUUACAAACUUCAGUUUCAGGGAACUUCAAGUCAGCAACAGGUAGAAUGAAUAAAUUCUUGGUUACCAGCCUAAUAAUGUGAAUUGCUACAGAAUUAUUAUUAAGAAGACAAAAACUUUAUGCAGAUGCUUUAGCUAUAAAUUGAUGUAAAAUACUGAUUUUUUUUAAAGGAACGGGGGAGAACAGUAUAUACUAUUCACUUAUUAUGCAAUCAAUCAGUAAAUGUUUUUAAAAUACUAUAUGAGAGCUUAGUAAGGAGAGAGCGUGGAUGGGCAGUUGGAGGUUGUUAGGAGAGACGGGUCUGGUUGUUCCGUCCCAGCGGAGGGCUGGAAAGGACGUAGGAGGGACUCAGAACAGACUUAGCUGAUUCCUUGGUGACAAGUGCAAUGGGGAAUGGGAAGAAUUUAUUCUCAGAGCCAAGGGGACUUGAUGGUUAUAAAUGAAGUUGCUUCUAGUGAUGGAAUUUAUAGACAGAUCAUGUCGUUCCAAAAGAUGUGAAUAGGAUCCAUGAUAGCAAGUUUUUUCAGAAUAAUGUAGAUACUUAGAUAAGUGAGUGUUGAUCAUUUGAUUUCUUAGACUGGGGUUUUAAUUGAAUUUCAUUAUGUCUCCCGGUAGUGCACAGAGCAUCGGGAUUAGGAAAUUAGCCAUUUUGGAUUCUGCCUGCCACAAACAGACCUAUUCUAAACAGUGCUAUUUAAAUUUUAGACUGUUGUUCAAAUAUUUUAUUUUCUCCAACAACUACUUUUUAUUGUGAACAAUUAAGACCAUUUAAAACAUGGGGAGUACAAGUAUUUUUUGAAUUCACUUGGAAAAACCAAAUUUGCAGUGGUUGGGUUGUUUCUAGAUAGACUUUGGUAUCAAUUUAAAACCAAGAUAAUUUUUAUAUUCUUUCCACUAGAAUUUCAUGACAACUCCUGCAGUUUUCUUAACCUACAAAAAAAAAAAAGAAAAAAAAUGCUGCAAUGAUGAACAAAGAAUUAUACAAAACCUACUUUUGUAUCUUUAUUUUGGAAUUUCUUGUUCUAUUAUAAAUAUGGAAGUAUCCCUAUUUCAGAAGACAUAUUUUGUUAAAAAUGAAUUGUACAUAUUUAAAUAUGUAUUUUUGCACAGGUCUUUUUUUCUGAUAUCCUGUUUUGGUACAAUUGAGAUCAUCUAGUAUUUAUUUAUUAAUUAAUGAAAGUAAAUACCUUUUUAUAAUUUGAAGUGGUUCACUGCCAAGCCAAUAGUUCUAGAACCUGCCUCCUUUACAGUUUAAGGGACGCCUCUGUUCUGUGAAAGUCUCUUUGUCCCUUUUAAUGUCUUGGGAGUGGAUUCAUACAGACACGGUGGCUCUGCUUCCCGUGGUCGCCUGAUCUCCUGAUGGACUACAUGUAACUAAGUGACACACUGCUUUUCUUUGGUUUGUGUUUUAUGUGCGCGUGUGUAUGUCUGCGCCUGAGUGUGUGUGCACACUGUGCACACGUGUGUGUUAGUAUGUGAUGUGGUUUAAAACUAAUGGAAAAAAAACUGAAAGUG